AAACUCUGAUUUUAAAGUGAUGAAUGGAAAUCCUGCAUGUUUAUCUAAUACCACUUCAAUUGCACAAGGCCUGGUCUCUCCUGAAAUGGAAAUCUCCGCUCUGCCACGAGCAGCCAUGAACAGAAAUCUGAUAUGGGAAACAAGAAUACUUGCAGAUCAGGACACUGCUAACCAAGGGCUACCGUCUCUCUCAAAUUGUGAUUCGUUAGCUGACCUAGAGCGACGAGUGGCCGAAACUUGUUCCCUUGUCGAAAAAACCUUGGAAAAAAGGGAAGAAAAAGAAAAGGCAAUGAAGGAAAAAGAGCGAAGGAAAAGAGAAGAGCGGACCAGGAAAGAACAACGAGCACGUGAAAGAAGAGAAAGGGAGGCAAGUGUAACAAGACAAACGGAACGUAGGAAUUACAGAGAAGAAGUCAACAACCCGACGAGCGGUGGAGGAGAAACACCUUCGCAAACCUCAGCUGGUGCUGAGGAUCGACAAUGGCUCUGUGAACAUUAUAAGCGGCUCUGCCGUGUCAAGUUCCCAUGCUGCGGAAAGUUCUUUCCCUGUCAUCGUUGUCAUAACAACUCUGGGUGUCUAAAUGAUAAUUCCAAAGCAAGAGAGGCGUGUUAUGUUGAGUGCUCGGUUUGUAGCCAUCAACAAGAGGUAUUUAGUCAUAUUAUUUAUUCAAAAUCUCAUAAAUGUGGAAAUGGACAAGUUACAUUUAGACUAUAUGCGAUUUCCUUUAAUGCUUUCUUCCUCUUUAAGAUCAACCAGGACGCCCAAACCUGUGCUAGAUGUAAAACAAAGUUCUCAGCAUAUUUCUGCUCUAUGUGUAAACACUUCACGGGCACAGACAAAAAUCCAUAUCACUGCCUAAAAUGUGGUAUCUGCCGGUAGGUGAAACGAUAUUUAUGACGAAAUUCCUCGUUUUUUUGUAUGUUUCAUGAUAUUCCUGUUUUUCAAAAAGUAAGGAAGUAAUUGGCCUACUUCAAUGCCGAGUGUUACCGUAUGAAUGGAGAGAAAAUUCUGGCGCUAGCCUCAGGGUGAGAGCAGCUUAAUAGGAGAGAGAGACGCCCUGAUCGAUACGCACAUGAAACUUACCACUUCCUGUGUUUUCUCAUCCUUCAUUGCAAAAUCGUAAUAGAAAAAUAUUGAGCAGUACUGAAUGCUAGUUUUUGUUUCCUCCUAGGCAUCAAGUUUCCUUUCAUUAGAUCGAACCAAGUAGAAAUAUAGGGUUUUCACUUUGCAUUAGAAAUUUAUUUUCUUUACGAGUCAUGUUAAGUUUUAAUCGAGUAUUUACCUGCGAAGUGAAGUUCCUGUUUUCGUUUCAGCAUCUUCAAAGACCGCUCCUUCCACUGUGAUGUGUGUAACGUCUGUCUGGACAAACGGCUGGAGGGAAGACAUUCUUGUCGAGAAAAUUCAGGACAUGAUGAGUGCUGCAUCUGUUUGGAGGUAAUGGCUUACUCUUCGUGCUAACACUGUGUUGUUCGUUUCACAUCGUUUCUUGUUUGUCGCGUCUACUUGUUAGAUGAUUGUCCGUGUUUGUGGAUUUUGUCAUCCUCUGUACUGAACAUUUUGUGUUCUCAUAUAGUUGUGAAACAUUAGGUUAUUUUUUGUGUUCUAUCUAUAAAUUUAGCUUUGUAGGUCAAUAUUUAUCUCCGAUUAAUGUAAAGCAACUGCACUGUUUUCAUUGCGGUUAAGUCUGGAUUCCAAUAAGGUAAAUGUCUCUUCGUAUCAUUUAUACAUUGGAACGUUUCCUUUCUGCGAGUGUAGGAGUGUGGGUUUCAAAAAAUCUGUCUAAAGACACCCGUGACACUGGUUGCACACUAAAUCAGCUUUGCAAGAGGAAAUAUUGGCCAAUAGCUUUUUUCCUUUUGUUGUAAUUAUAGCCUUGUUCUCGACAAUGAAAGUGAAAUUUGGUAAGUGCAAUGUUUGCGUCAUAAAUCUAGCAAUAGACUAAGAGAGCGCUGGCGCUUUUCUUUGUUAGGUUCUGAGUACAAAAGAAAGCGUUUUUAUAGAACUAUUCCAAAAAGAAAUAAUCGUAAAAGUUAAACCGAUAGAUAAUACCUGUAAAUACUUUUACUUAAUGGACGUUUGGAACAUUUAUUUUCAGGACGCAUUCAGCGGUUGUCAAAUCCUGCCAUGCUCACACAAGGUUCAUAGAGAGUGUGCUAUCGCAAUGAUACAGAAUGGCGUGUAAGUAUGCUUACAAAUCAUAAUUUUAUAUGAGUCAAUCAACAUAACGAAGAACGCGUUAGUGUUCCCCUCCAUUUGACGGUACCUAGUUAAAAUUCUGAAUCGGAUUUGUAUAUGGAGUUGUGGCGAGGGCUUUUUUGUAGGAGUCAGUUGUCUGACUCUCGACGUCUGGCUUCGUGAACUGGAGUGUCAAAAUCAAUCAUUGCUUUUUGCGUCUUUUCUCCUUUGAAGGAACUUGUCUUUGUUUCAACUGAAUCUCUCAUUGGUUUGUGAUGUUUACUUCUGAUUGGCAGUCUAACGACACUCGAGAGAAAAGCUCUCUUUGCAUGCAGCCUUGGAACGGUUCUGAAUCCACAGCAAUGCUGGAUCGAUUGUGAGCUUUGCAGUCUCCUUUACUUUUACCCGUGAUUUGACGGUGAUCUUGACUUGAAUAUUCUCGCGUUUAAUUCAAACAAGUUUAAGUUGCAUUCACCUGAAAUAUUUCCUUUAAAUUUGCAGUCGCAGCUGCCCAAUUUGUCGCCAUCCUCUAUACAGUCAGACAAAUGGCAAUGAGUGAAUGACAACGUCCACCUCAGGCUUUUCUCUUCCCGCCUCGUUGAUAAUAUGGAGAGGACCCUGGGAAUGGAGCUGAAAGGAUGAUUUUUUUAAUAUCCUUUUGAUAAUUGUUAGGUGUUCAGAUUUUUUAGACUUUAAGCACAAACUCUUUAACAGCUUUGGUACUUAAAUUCAAUGUGGGAGUUGUCUGAUCGUCCGGGUACGAAGGCACUACCUACUCAGGACUUCUCAGGCCCAGACGAUCAGACUACACAAUCAAAUCUUGCUCCGAGUUUAAAUUAUAUAUUGUAUUACCUUUUUCAGUUUGAUUGAUCGGUACGUUUUUACCGAUACUCUGGCGAAAAAAAAAGCAAACAAACAAGGAAAAAACUGAACUAAUAUCAUCGAUUAUUCUAAACGUAUUACUAUACAACACAGCAUGUAUUCUACAAUGAAUCGACUUAUCCCAGGGGCUCUUUUCUUGCAGAUUUUGGCAGCUUCUCGAGUCAUAUUCUUAAAUCUUAAUCUAAGGAAUAGUAUAGCGGGUAUUCGCUCAAAACGCAGCCCGUUCUGUUUCGUUUUCUUAGAUUUUCCAUAAUUUGAAUUUCAAAGCCAUUGAUAUCUGAAAAACAGCGUUUUCGGACCAAUGAUUACCGGAACUUUCAAUAAACAGGCUCCUGGGCAACCAAAAAGACUAAAUGAAUGGAACGUAAAAUUUUGCAUUUACUUUUCGUAUAACUUCUCGUUCAUUGGUUGUUACCAGACCACACUCCGCUCGAACGGUGAGCACAACUUAUUUAGAGGCUACCUCAUAUCUCCUUAUCCCUGUUAGGCAAAACUAUAUCACCAGUUUCAUUUGCCAAGAAUCUCGGGGUAUAUAUUACUCAAUAUCUUACCAAUGAUGUACAUAUCACUAAAACAGCCUCUAGUUGCAUGAACAGUUAGUACAGAUAAGUAGAAUUAAACAUCUUUUAGACAAGAAAGUACUUUUAUUACUUAUAAAUAGCUAUGUCUUUAGUAAACUAUUUUUAUUUUCCCUCAGUGUGGGGAAACACAUCUAAACGUUAUCUACUCAAACUGAAAUUGGUACAAAAUUUUGCUUCAAGAGUUGAAUCAGGUUUAGGGUAGUCCGACCAUAUCUCUCAGGUACAGAGAUCUCUUACAUGGUUAUUCAAUGACUUAGUUUUAAAAUUGAAAUGUGUAAAUGGCAUAGUCUUAGAAUUGAAAUGUGUAAAUGGCUUAGCUCCAGAUUAUUUAGGUAAAUAUUUUGUUAAAAGUUCAGCAGUUCACAACAAGAACACAAGGGGAGGUAACAAUUUUGUGGUCCCUUGAAGUAGAUUGUCAAUAGGACAAAGGACAUUUUACUUUCGUUGUCCAGGGGAAUGGAAUGGGCUUGCCGACAAUACUAAGAGCACCAAAGAAAUACAUAGUUUUAAGCAUAUAAUUUUUAAUAAUAUGUUUCAUACGAAGUAAUUUUGGAUAUAUUUUGAGUUACUCUUGAUAAAUUUUGAAUUUGAUUGAGUUAAUGUAAAAAAGUGUCCUUAAUUAUCAGUAUUAUGUAAUAGUUAAUUACCAGGAUUAUGUAAUAGUUGACAUUGUGACUGAAAAGCCCUGUUGAAGGGAGUCUCAAUAAAGUAUGUAUGUAUGUAUGUAUGUAUGAAUGAAACACUGCGUAAAUACGUCGCCUACUGUAGGUUGAGUGCUGAAUCGAAUCAUCAUAUAAAAUACAAAAUUAUGAAUAACGAAUGAUUUAGUGAAUUAGCUUUAUGAAGAAUACAGCAUGC